AUGGCAUCUCUCUCGGUUCCAGAUUUCGACUCUCUUCCUCCCGUCAAGGGCAUGCCCAAGGGUUGCGCAUGGGGAGUUUUCGACAAGGACGGCAAGAAAGAUCAUUUGGGAUGCAUCAAUUUCCUGACUCCACACGUCGUAAGAGAAGCUUACAAGGAAGCCCGUGAUGGCUUCUCCGUUUCUCUCAACUGGUCCUUGGCUGCCCUAUCCAAGCCAGGCUUCGACAGAAAAGGCCUAAAGCACAAGGUUAUAUCAAAGGACUGCGCCGACGGCCAUCAUGGGUUUGACGAUGAGGUUGAAUUUAAUACUCAGUGUUCGUCUCAGUGGGAUUCCUUGGUUCACUAUCAACACCAGGAUAGCCAGACUAGCUAUAAUGGAUGCAAACCCACCGUGGAGAGUCUCGAGCAGUCAUUUCCACAAGAAGGAGAGCGGCGUCAGUUUCCUACCCUAGAUCACUGGCACGACCGCGGUGGCCUGGUUGGCCGGGGUGUUUUGCUCGAUUACCGUGCAUACUCGCAAGCAAUGGGCAUCGGCUACAGUUGUUUUGAUGAGAAACGCAUCACUGUCAAUGAAUUAGAGGAAAUAGCGAAAUACCAGGGAACGCUUCUGAAGCAUGGCGACAUCCUGAUAAUACGGACAGGAUUCACAGAGGACAUUACCUCACCUGGCAGCUAUGAGGCGCAGGCGAAAGCCUUUGCGACACACAAAGCUGUUGGUGUAGAGGGCAAUGAACGAGUAGCACGGUGGUUUUGGAACAAGCGCUUCUCGGCGGUUGCAAGCGAUUCAAUAGCAUUUGAGGCUCUUCCACCUUACUUUCUAUCUCUCUUCGGCCUGCACAUCGGCGAGCUCUGGGACCUGAAGGCGCUAUCUGCGAAAUGCAAGGAGCUAAAUCGAUAUUCGUUUUUGCUCACAAGUGUACCUAUUAAUAUCCCGGGUAGCAUAGGCAGCCCGCCAAAUGCGUUGGCAAUCUUUUAG